GGAACUAUAUUUAAAAAGCUGUCUAAGAAAACGAAGUCCAGCAUGCAAUUUCUGCUCCACCAUAGUCCAACAGCUCAAUGGAGCACACGGUGCUACCUGGCGUGUGUAUUCAUCAUGAUCGCCUGCUGUGGACCAGCUUCACCUCUUCAUGCCCCUCCAGUAACAACAGGUGUGCGCUCUGCUUUCUCUGCCACACGAACCAGCAGCGUAGUGGGAGGCAAGCAGAAGGCAGUGACCUUCAACAGGCUCAUGGUCAACAUUGGAGGGGAUUUCAAUCCAGACACCGGUCACUUCCGCUGCCGCAUCCCUGGGGCUUACUACUUCUCUUUCUCCGUGGGUAAGUUUCCAAAGAAAAUGCUUUCUGUGAUACUGGUGAAGAAUGGAGAGGAGGUGCAGGCUAUAGCGUAUGACGACUACCGCAAGAAAGGAAGGAAACUUCAAAGCCAAAGUGUAAUGAUCAGUUUGAAGGAAAUGGACACAGUGUGGCUGCUUUUACAGCAGAGUCCCCAAUAUGCUUUGUACAGCAAUGCCGGCCCUUACAUCACCUUCUCUGGUUACCUUGUCUUUCCGGACAUUUCCCCAAACGGCUACGUCAGCAACCACCUGUCCCCAUCAGGGCUGUCCUACACAAACUGCCCCCCUCAGUCUGACCCCUUGGCCAGAAGUCAGACGUCAGAGCAGCCACGGUCUGCAUUCUCUGUGGCACGGACCUCCACACUCAUGGGUCAGAACAUCAGGCAGCAGGACAAGCCACCUCUGACCUUUGAUGUGGAGUACGUCAACAUCGGGGGCCAUUUCAACAAAACCUCAGGCGUGUUCACCUGCCACUUCCCAGGCGCUUACUUCUUCGCCUUCACCGUGGGGAAACAUCCUCGUAAGGCUGUUUCUGUGAAGCUGAUGACCGGGAAGGGCGAAGUGCAGGCGAUGGUGUUUGAUGAGGACACAUCGAAGAGAAGGGAGAUGCAAAGUCAGAGCUUGCUGCUGUCUCUCCGCCGGGGCGACAGUGUGUGGCUGUACAGUCAGCAGGAUGAGCGUUAUGCUGUCUACAGCAACCAGGGGAGGUACACUACCUUUUCUGGCUUCCUGGUUUAUCUUGAUGCAGAAACACUCCCACCUGCCACCACUCAGGACAGAACGCACCUCUGAAUGUCUUAACCCUUCAUAGCACAUAUAACGUUUCAUAACAUUGUAGAAAACCUGUAGAAUUGUUCUGUAUUGAUGGUGCAGACAAAAAUAUACGAUGGUCAGCAUAGUGUAACUACAUUUAAUGCUCUGUUUGUUUGCUUUUUGUUUAUUUUAUCCUCAGUAAAUAGUGUAACUCCACGUAUAUAAUAUUUGUUGCCAAAUUACUCCACUGGAUGGUGCUAUGAUACAAUUAUGGACACUAACCAGCAACAUGGUUAUUUUUGUCCUUUAAGUGCAAUUAGCUGUAAGAACUAAAAGAAAUUCUGUUUGUAUAAAAACUUGUCAG